AUGGCGACGGUACUCCCCCCGCCCUCGAAGCGUCAAAAGCGCGAGACGCUCGAGAAGACACAGACUCAGCAAGAUGUCACAGCAAUGGCUCCGGGCCUUGAGGGCUCUUUUAAGGCCCGCUUCGUUGAUGGCGACGGACAGCAGCUGGCUGAGGUGAUCGAGGUGCCCCUCGCCGACGCUUCUGAGAAGAACUUGACUCUCCUUCUCAACACCUUGCAAGGAAAGGAUAGAGAAGACUUCCUCCCGUACAAGUUCCGAAUCCACAUCCCCGACACAGAUAUCAUCGUCGACCAAUACCCCACCAACCUCCUCGAGCUCCUUCGCAGCCAUGGCGUCGCAAACCCCUUCGAAACAACAGUCACUCUUAGUGCCGAGCCCCAGGCCGUAUUCAAGGUGCAAGCCGUCACCCGCAUGGCCCAUCGCAUCCCAGGUCACGGCGAAGCCAUCCUCUCAGCCCAGUUCUCCCCCGAGACCAGCAAGAGGUUAGCAACGGGCGGUGGCGACAAGACAGCUCGUAUAUGGGAUACCGAGACAGGCACCCCGAAGUUCACACUCUCGGGCCACUCCGGCUGGGUGCUCUGCGUUGCGUGGUCCGCCGACGGCCGCCGCCUCGCAACGGGCAGCAUGGACAAGACGGUUCGCCUCUGGGAUCCGGACAAAGGCGUCGCUGUCGGCCAGCCCCUAUCUGGCCACGCAAAAUGGGUCACUGGAAUCGCCUGGGAACCCUAUCACCUCUGGCGCGACGGCACUCCCCGCCUGGCAUCCGCCAGCAAGGACGCGACGGUGCGCAUCUGGGUCGUCAACACGGGUCGGACAGAGCACGUCCUGUCGGGCCACAAGAGCAGCGUCAGCUGCGUGAAAUGGGGCGGUACUGGGCUCGUCUACACGGGUAGCCACGACAAGACAGUCAAGGUCUGGGACUCGGUCAAGGGCACUCUCGUGCACACGCUCUCCUCACACGCCCACUGGGUCAACCACCUCGCCCUAUCUUCCGACUUUGCCCUAAGAACGGGCUUCUUCGACCACACUCCCACGCCGGAGACGGAGGAGGCUCGCCGCGCCAAGGCUAAGGAGCGCUUCGAGAAGGCCGCCAAGAUCCAGGGCAAGGUGGCCGAACGCAUCGUCUCGGCUAGCGACGACUUCACAAUGUACCUCUGGGACCCGUCACAAGGCACCAAGCCCGUGGCGCGUAUGCUGGGUCAUCAGAAGCAGGUUAACCACGUCACUUUCUCCCCGGAUGGCACUCUCAUCGCCAGCGCGGGCUGGGACAACCAUACUAAGCUCUGGAGCGCGAGGGAUGGCAAGUUCAUCAACACGCUGCGCGGACACGUCGCGCCUGUGUACCAGUGCGCCUUCUCCGCCGACUCGCGGCUGCUUGUGACGGCAUCAAAAGAUACCACGCUCAAGGUGUGGUCCAUGGCGACGCACAAGCUGGCUGUAGACCUUCCGGGGCACCAGGAUGAGGUGUAUGCCGUUGACUGGAGUCCCAGAGAUGGCCAGCGCGUGGGCAGUGGUGGAAAGGAUAAGGCUGUGAGGUUGUGGUGUCAUUAA